GUAACAAGUGAAAGUGAGUACAAAAAAGAUGAAGCUCGUGAUUUUCUUAAUCCUGAUUGUUGUUUGUAACAUUGCCAAAACCAUGAGAUAAUUUUCUCGUCAAUCAAGUCCAAUUGGCAACGGCCAAGUAAAUUUUGAAGUGCAAAUCAACGGUCCAACGACAAAUGUUCAAGCCGAAAUUGGUAAAAUUUGGCAAAGCAAAGAUGGACGCACAAAAGUCGAAGUGAGUACAAAUGUUCGCUAUGAAUUCGGACAUGGGGACCUUCGUACAAUACCAAAAUAAAGCGGAAGCCUAAAAGUCACUCACACUUGGUGAAUCUGAAUCAAAUAUUGAAUAUGAUUCAACAAAGUAAAUCGAAGGUUAUAACAUUUGGUUUCAGUCAUUCUUCGCAACACACACAAAAAAUUACAAUUUUAUUUCAAGCGUGAUUCGCUCAAGAGAAUAUUCAAACAGACACAUUGUCACGUAUAUCCAUUGGAAUUCAUUUAUUGGUUGUUAAAUUCAUUCCUAUUGUAAAAAAAAUAUUGAUAAGUUACAGUAAUUUGCUAGAUCAUUGUUUUAAUCUCUUAAACAAUUUCGAAAUGAUGUAAAUAAAAAAAACUUCGUUCGAAAAGAGAGAAAAAAAAAUAGAAAUUCAUUACGUAGAAUGUGCAUUGAUGGGGCAAUAAUAAUCGGUCUGCAUUUGAGUUACAGAAUUGUUUAAGUCACAACUUCAAGAUAACUGUUUGUGGCGAGUUUAUCGGUUUCUUUGUAUUUUGUGCUUCUUAAAAUAUGCGCCGUGUCUCAGCUGACGAAAACAAAAUGAUAAAAAAUGUACAUCUUUUGAUUCGUAUCAGUCGGGUAAUCAGUGUCGAUCUCUGCAUUGGAUUUACUUAAUCUUAUCUUUGAUACACACAUGAUAUCUGAGCAUUUUUUUCUCGGUUCUCAUGAAAAUAACAUGUCUAUUAAGUCUCUUUCUCUCUAUCUCUCCCUCUCUGUGUGUGUAAGUUAAUUUGCACCCGCAACACCAGGAACUGUAUGUGCGUACAGUCAGUAUCAGUUUGUAGUGUGUUUUGAAAAGUACUCGAGAAAGUUCCGUUUCCAAGAAAUCGAAAUCGAAAUUGAUUUGUCCGGUAGUGAUGGGUCAAAACCCUCUUAUCGCGUUUGUCAUCUUGGCAUUCAAUUGCCAAUGGAUAAACAGUGCAUCGAUCGAAUCAAAUAUUCAAACAAAUUGUACUUUGGACGAUUUACGUAACAUCAAUGAUCAGUAUAAAUCUGUAAAUUCGCCAUUGUCCUUGAGUUUUGUGUUUACCGAUUGCAAUGUGACCUCGUUGCCGGAUGCAUUCUUCGUGAACGUCGCCAAUACACAGUCCAUUGAAUUUGUGCGCUCGAAUCUGUUCACAAUAAGCCCGUUUGCGUUCAGUGCUUUGGCCAAAUUGGAGUCAUUGACCAUCGUUGGCAAUCCGAAUUUGACAGCGCUUCAAUCGUGGGCGGCAAAUAAUUUAGACAAAUUGAUGCAAUUAAACUUGUAUCACAAUGGCAUACGUGACUUAGAUACGUUUGCAUUGCGUCGAUAUCCAAAAUUGUUAUCGUUGAAUUUGCACGGAAAUUUUAUUACUGAGAUUCCGGUUGGUUUCUUUGACUUUUCGCUGAACAUUGAAACGUUGAACUUGGCCAAAAAUUCACUUGAACGCAUCGAAUCGUUUACGUUCAAAGCAUUAUUGCGGUUGAUCGACUUGAAUUUGGCAAACAAUCGUAUUAAUUUUAUCGAUUCGUAUGCAUUAACAACGACGACACGCCUAAAAACAUUGCAAUUGAAUGGCAAUCAACUAACCACAAUAAAUACCAUGGUUUUUUACAAUUUGGCACGGUUGGAGUAUUUGAAUCUAAGCGAAAAUGCACUCAACGACUAUGGACUCGAAGAAAAUGCCUUUCAACAGAAUACACAACUACUUCAUUUGGAUGUCAGUCACAAUACAAUGAUCGCAAUUCAAACGUAUGCAUUGAGUGGAUUAAAAGCACUUCAAGUUUUGAAUGCAAGCCACAAUCAAAUUGCGUCGAUUCCAUCGAUUGCAUUGAAGGACCUCGAAAGCUUAAUACAUUUGGAUGUUUCCAAUAAUAAAUUGACGCAUAUACUUGAUAAUCAAUUUGCAUCGUUAAAUUCAAUUGAAUCGAUAAACAUUUCACACAAUGAACUCAAUUCAAUUCAACCGUUUACGUUCACCGACUUGAAAACAUUGCAAACACUCGAUUUAGCAUCAAAUCACUUGCAGACAGAUGAGUUCCUUGAACAAGCAGCCGCGAUUAAAUCCAUCGAUUUACAUCAUAAUCAAUACCAUGAAAUGAAUCUAUCGGCAUUUAAAACAGUUGAAAGUGUUUAUUUGAAUAAUAACCCAUGGAAUUGUUCAUGGCUUUUGAGUGCCCUAUCGAAAAAGGAGCAUUUAGUUUCCAAUUUACAAUUUGGUUUCGAAUUUGAUGGAUUUCCAGAUGGAAAUUCCACCAAACCAUUGAUAGAAGAAGUUGAGUGCCUGGAUUAUCGACAAUCAACCAAAUGGCCAUUAACUCGAAAAAUUGUCAUUAUCAACACGGAUUGUAAUGCAUCUAAAAAUGGGAAAAAGAAAAAGCCAACAAUAAGCACGUAUCCCAGAACGUUUAGCAAGUUAUUAAACGAAGAAUUCGAUGUCAAGGCAUGCCUUUUAUGGACGGUGAUCGCUGUAUUCCUUGUCAUUGGGCUCGUUCGUCUUGGCAAAUACUGUCUCGAUAAGAGUGAAAAGAAGAGCGAACGAUACCGUAUUGUUCAGCAAGAAAAAGUGCUCAAAGACAUUGACGAUUAUUUCGCCAAGAAUAACAAACGAAAGCAACGCUCCUAAGCAACGGAAAAUAUUAUUAAAAAUAUAAUCAUUUUUAAGCCAAAUCUCUGUAAUUUCAAUCGAACUCAUAUAUAAUUGUAUUGAAUGUAACGAAUAAAAUUAUUUCAAAAUCUCAACAACUCA